UAAGAACGUACAUCAGAUGGACGCCAUAACGCGUACCCCAGAAGCACUAUCCAAUCACGUUAUUCCAGACUCGUAUACAUGUAUAUGGUGUUCGUGUUUCCGUGGUCGCUGGUAUCUAUUUGCAGAUUUUCACGGGAAAUCGGAGAAGGUGAUGUAGAAGAAAAAUCAAAAAUCAAAGAUUGGCAUUUGUUUCUACGGGGCAUUGCAAUAUAACUGAAGACAAAACGGGUGACGAAGACAAGAAGAUGGUUUCUCUGCCCAGUGCAGAGUCUGGCACAAUGGACAGAAUCUCAGAUGAUGAUGAUGAAGAGCCAAGUAGUGGAUCUGAAACAUAUGAGGAAGGUGAUCUUAUGACUGCUGCCAUGGAUGAUGAUGUGACGGCCCAGCUCGCCGCUGCAGGUUGGCAAAUCAAACACGCUAAUGGACCUGUUGGCGUAGCUGCAGCUGCUGCCAUUGUCUCAGCAAAAAAGAGGAAACGACCUCAUAGUUUUGAAACAAAUCCUAGCAUUAGAAAAAGACAACAAAACAGACUUUUAAGAAAACUCAGACAAACUAUAGAUGAGUUUGCAACGCGAGUUGGACAACAAGCAGUAGUAUUAGUAGCUACUCCAGGAAAGCCAAACAGUAGUUAUAAAGUAUUUGGAGCAAAACCGUUAGAAGAUGUAGUAAAAAAUUUAAGAAAUGUUAUAAUGGAAGAACUUGAAAGUGCGCUUGCACAACAAGCUCCACCACCAGUACAAGACGAUCCAUCUUUAUAUGAAUUACCACCUCUUAUAAUAGAUGGCAUACCGACACCUGUGGAAAAAAUGACACAAGCUCAACUUAGAGCAUUCAUCCCAUUAAUGUUAAAGUAUUCUACAGGCAGAGGUAAACCUGGUUGGGGAAGAGAUAGUACACGACCUCCAUGGUGGCCAAAAGAACUUCCUUGGGCAAAUGUACGCAUGGAUGCAAGAUCUGAAGAUGAAAAACAAAAGAUUUCUUGGACACAUGCAUUAAGACAAAUUGUAAUAAACUGUUAUAAAUUUCAUGGAAGAGAAGAUCUUCUACCUGCAUUCAGUGAAGAAGAUGAUAAAUCAAAUGUACUGAUACAACAAUCAACUCCUCAUUCCUCAUCGCAUCCAUCGCACUCAUCCAGUCAAGGACAAGGUGGACAAUCGCAACAACAACAGCAGACGGUGGGAGUUGUUCGCCUCAGCAGCACGGAUUCAUCUAAGGGAAACUCUUCGCCAGCACAAAUCAUUGCCGCGUCUCCUACAGCUCUUGCCACUGCCACUCAGAUGACGGCCCAAUAUCCUACGGCAGUUUUACAAACAAUAACAAAUCCUGAUGGUACCGUAUCAAUUAUUCAAGUUGAUCCUAGUAACCCAAUAAUUACGUUACCAGAUGGUACAACAGCACAAGUUCAAGGUGUUGCUACCAUUCAUACAAGUCAAGGGGAAGUUCAAGCACUUGCUGAAGUAGCAGGCAGUGCGGAAGGUACUAGCGUUGCUGUCGAUCUAAACAGUGUUACAGAAGCAACAUUAGGUCAAGAUGGCCAAAUCAUUCUCACAGGAGAAGACGGACACGGCUAUCCUGUUUCCGUCUCAGGAGUAAUAACAGUACCAGUAUCUGCUAGUAUGUAUCAAACUAUGGUUGCCAAUAUUCAAAGUGAUGGUACAAUGCAAGUAGUCACACCAAUGGUUCAAGUCCCAAAGGUUGAGCCCGGAAAUGGAGAAACUAGCAUUGAAGCUGUCACUAUUCAAGGGCAUCCUAUGACAAUGAUAAACGCUGCAGGUGAACACCAAGUUCUUCAAGUGAUAUCAUUAAAAGAUGCUAAUGUUCUUACGAAGGCUAUGCAAGCCGAAGUUGUAAAAGACGAAGAUAGUCAACAACAACAAACCGUCUCUAGUCCAGAAUAAAGCGUUUUACAUAGUUAAUAUAAAGCUUUUAUGUUAACACCAAAAUGCGACAGGUGCACAUUAGUGGUGUUCAUGAGAGAAAGAGUGAGAGUAUUAGAAAUGAUAUGUGUUAUUAAUAUUAAGGAAAAUGAUUGUGUCUUUUCUGAAUCAUUGUGUAGUGUGUCCUCUUGUUGAGAAACAAUAACGAAUAGCGAAUAUGUUUGGAGAGUGAAAAUGAUUGAAUGUUUGAUGAUUCAUGAGACUUGAAUGUAAUCAUAUUUGUAUUCAAGAUUCAUUGUAGACACUUAGAAAUAUCACUUGUAAUUCAAUUUCUCAAAGAUAGUACUAAUUUUUAGAAAGUACUGCGUUCGAUGAAAAAAAACCGUUGAAUAUGCAAGUUUCAUCGAUAUAUUUAUAAUGAUAGUAUCCGCCGUCUGGAUAUUUAAUAUUUCCAAUAAGCAAACACGGAUACAAAUAUUUUCGUCUAGUCUUAGUGUCGGGUCUUUAAGAAUGAUCGAUAUACCAAAGAAAUUAAAAUUUGUUUUAAAUUAUUUAUGAAAAAAUAAUUAUUAAAAAAUUAUGCAAUUUAAUUAUAUCAAAUUAAUAAUCUAAAAAGAAUUUUUAUUGAAAAAAUUCGUUAAAUUCAAAAAUGAUAGAUAAUUUUCUCAAAUAAAAAAUAAAUCAUAAUUUACAUAAAAUUUAAAAAUGUUUGAAAAAUUUAAUAUAUCUGAAAAAUCUUUAAAAUUCAAUGGAAAAUAAUCAAUAUUUUAUGAUAUCAGGAUUUCAAUCUAAUGUUUGAGUUAAAAUCAAAUUUGACUAUUAAAUUAAAAAAUAAUAAUAUGUAGCCUAUUUUUAUGAUAAAUUAAAAUAAAAAACAAGUCAUUUUUUGGCGAUAGAGACAUAUUACAAUACAUAUUAAUAUACAUUAAUAAUCGACAGUAGUGAUAAAUGAAAAAAAAAAAUUAAGCAUUUCUGACGGGUACAAAUAGGCUAUAAGAGAUAAUUUUUUGAAAAAUAAGACAUACGGAUUUGAAGUCUCAAUGCACACCCACAAAAUAUAAUUACUUUUAAUGUAUGUAUACUGUGUUAUAUUAGGAAAUUAUUUUUAAGUGAUAUUAUAAAGAACACUAUAUCAUUCUCAAAAUGAAAAUUUUUUCAUUUCCAUUCUGUAUAAUAUACUUUAAUAAUAUACAGAAUAUAAGAAUAAAGAAUCAUGUAUUGUUCUUUAUUUUAUUAUCAGGUAAUCUAAAAUGUAUUUAUUUUUGUUAUUAAUGAAAAAAAGAUCGAAACAUUUUCAUGCAUUUAAAUGCCAACUCACUUUUAUACAAUAUAUUUAAUGUUAGGAAGAAUAUUAUUUUUUUUUUUCAUUAAUGCAAUCUUGUUUCAAUGUUGCGGUUUCCAGUUUUGCAAGGAUGUGUGACUGACUUUUGAAAAUUAAUUCGCGUUAUUUUAAUAAUUUUGCUUACAUUUUUAUAUUUUUUAGUAUCUGUGUGUGUGUGUGUCAUAAUAUAUGCAUAUAAUUUUCUUAUAAUUCUAAUAACAAAUUUGUGAUACUUGUUUAAUUAAUAUCUUUUAGUACAUGUGUUUUUAUUAUAAAUGAAGUUCCUGUAGAUAUAUAGUACAUUGUUCUCUUUAAAAAUAUGUAUGUCAGGAGCAGAGUCGUAACAUUGAAACAACAAACUGCCCUCGACACCAAGUAUGAACGAUACCAAAAAAGAAGAAGGUUUUUAUAACAUUAUAGAAGAAAAUAGAUAAAUUUAAUAAUUAUCAGUAGAACAAAUCACAAUGACUAGAUAUUAAUUGUUAUAUUGUUUUUUAAAACUAUGGCCAUUACAUACAAAAUGUAAUAUAUUGAUACUCCCAUGUAAGACCAUGUUGUAUUUUUUUUCUUGUUUAUGACAAAUCAUACAGAACAUAAAUUAUGUUUAAUGUCAUUUCAGAAAAAAUGUAAUACCAUUUUAGAUAAUUAUAGAUGUAUGUGUACAUGACUUUAUCAUUGUGUCUUAAAAUGUAAUUUGUACAUAUAUCAUUGUUGUGUCACCUUUCUGCUUUGGUUACUUUUGAUGUAAAAAGAAUGAAAAAAGAAAAACUUGAAAAAUAUUAAAAAUUUAGAAACAACAUAAGGAACCAAUAGAAAUUAAAAUAUAAUGUAUACAUAUCAUUUUGUUUUGUUACUUUCAAUAAUCUUAAGAACAAUAUAUAGGUAUUAUAUAUCUUUAUAUAUUUUUCCAAUUCAUAAAUAUAUUUCAAAUACGAUAUAGCAUGAUAAAUAU